AUGGCGGUGGCGAGCGUGGAGGAGGAGCGGCCGCCGGCUCUGCGGCAGGAACCGGCGAGCUCGGCGCUGCUGGUGGCCGCCGGGCUGCUGCUGCUGCUGCUGGGGCUGUGGUGGCUGCUGGGCCGCCGCCGGGCGCUGCAAGGGCUGCCGCCGGGCCCCAAGCCUUGGCCGCUGGUGGGCAACUUUGCCUACGCCCUGGUGCCCAACCUGCUGGGCUUCAAGCGGCUGAUGAGCGUCAUCACCACGGGCCUGGUGCCCAGGGGCAUGGAGAUCUCCACUUCUACCACCUCCCGGCCCAUGUCGGCGCACCUGAUCCUCACCAGCCUGGGCAAGACCUACGGCAGCGUCUUCAGCCUCUUCGUGGGCAGCCGACCCCUCAUCGUCCUCAGCGACUUCGAGGCCGUGCACGACGCCCUGGUCAACCAGGCCGAGGUCUUCAGCGACCGGCCCAGCAUGCCGAUCGUGGCCAUCAUCACCAAGAAAAAAGGUGUGGUGUUUGCACCGUACGGCCCAGUAUGGAGAAAACAGCGGAAGUUCUCCCAUUCGACUCUCCGUCACUUCGGAUUAGGGAAGCACAGCCUGGAACCAAAGAUUAUUGAAGAAUUCCAGUACGUGAAAGGCGAGAUCCUGAAGCAUGGAAGGGCGGCGUUCAACCCCUUCCCCAUUAUUGGCAAUGCUGUCGCCAACGUCAUCUGCUCGAUGGCCUUGGGCAGACGUUUCAACUACAGUGAUGUGGGCUUUAAGACCUUGCUAAGCCUCAUGUCGCGGGCUCUGGAGAUCUGCUUGAACAGCCGCAUCAUUCUGGUCAACAUCUGCCCUUGGCUGUACUACCUCCCAUUCGGGCCGUUCCGAGAACUCCGGCAGAUCGAGCUGGACAUCACGACUUUCCUGAAGAAAAUCAUCGCGCAGCACAGGGAGAGCCUGGAUGCCCAGAAUCCUCAGGACUUCAUUGAUAUGUACCUCCUUCAUGCAGACGAGGAGAAAAAGACCAACAGCGAGAGCAGCUUUGACGAAGACUACCUGUUCUUUAUUAUCGCGGAACUUUUUAUCGCGGGCACAGAUACGACGUCCAACACGCUACUCUGGAGCCUCCUUUACAUGUCGCUUCACCCGGAAGAACAAAAGAAAGUUCAAGAAGAAAUCGAAUUGGUGAUUGGAUGUGAUCGGCCUCCAUCCCUCGCUGACAAGGCACGGAUGCCCUUCACAGAAGCGACCAUUAUGGAAGUUCAACGGAUGACGGUGGUGGUGCCUCUUUGCAUUCCCCGGAUGGCCUCAGAGACAACGGUGCUCCAGGGUUACACUAUUCCAAAGGGCAGUGUAAUCAUUCCUAAUUUGUGGUCCGUGCACAGAGAUCCCAAGAUAUGGGAGAGACCAGACGAUUUCUACCCAGCAAGGUUUCUGGAUGAAAAUGGCCAGCUCCUCAAAAAAGAGACAUUUAUUCCUUUUGGAAUUGGAAAACGGGUGUGCAUGGGAGAGCAACUGGCCAAGAUGGAGCUGUUCCUGAUGUUUGUGAGCCUUCUGCAAAGUUUCACCUUCCUGUAUCCCGAAGACUCAAAGAAGCCAUCAAUGGAAGGAAGAUUUGGCCUGACUUUAGCUCCAUUUCCAUUCAACAUAAUUGCCUUAAAGAGAUGAAGGAACCUUGGACAGGAAUGCUGCAUGACGUUUGCAUUACUCUAAUGAAAUUCAGGGCUUUAUAUUCAAAUGCACUUCACUAACAAAUUCACCAACCCUGAGCAAGGGUGGGGAAAUCUGUGUGUGUCCCCCCCUCACACACACACAGGGUACCAAAAGCUCAUAAAGCACUUUUCCCUUAGCCUGGGGACUCUUCCUUUAGAUGCAUUGAAACUCUUAACGGUAGGAAACAAAACAGAGUUUCUACUCCUUGGAGUUGCAGAGCAACGAGUGGCAAUUGUGGUGCAGAAACUCUUAACAGAACUGUCAUGCAUCAAGCGACUUUUUAUAUUAAAAACAAAGGGGGGAGAACUUUAACAUUAAUUUAUACAUGAUGACAGUAGAUGAAAAACAACAAUAAAAAGCAGUGGUGUAUUUGGAUAUCUCUUUUCUAUGAGAAUCCUGACAUCCUUUUGAAAGGACGCAUUGAGGGCACAUACAGAAAUAUCUUAAAAACAUGAUUCUCUGUGGUUUUUCCUCCUCCUGGGUGAGUCCAACUUUCACCCACCUUCACUGUGAAAAGAGCAGUCUUGCACACCACUGAUUCAAGCGCUGAUUCAGUCCUCAGGCUUGCCUCGCUCCCAUGCUUCAGGCAGGCUGAUGGCUUCUUUUUAAAACAGAUAAUAAUUAAGCAUUGCAUGUACAUUUGUUCAAUUAAAUGUACAUUUCAUCCCCUUCAACAAUAAUAGAAAAACAGAAUCACUUUUCUAAAAUGUGGAAAACCUGCUCCAGGGGAGAUGGGUUAGUGAGGUCACUGGCUUCAGACAAUCAGCACUGUGCACAGCUGGUUUCUGCUUCAACCAUGCAGAACCUGUUUCUCCGGAGCCUUGAUCUGGAUGAGAAGAUCAAAAUGUGGUGAGUGUACUUCCACGGCUCAAAUUAUAUGCAUCUGUAUGUACCCUGGGAUUUGCCUCAUGGUAGCUCUAUUAUUGCUAAAACUGGAUACUUUGGGGAGGAGCAAACUCUUAUUUUCUGUGGUUAGUUCUCCUUAGGACUUGCCUAUAUUCUGAGUUUACUGCAGAUCAGUGCUGAGCUGAACCUGAUUUCACCAGCAAUUGACUUGCAGCAUCUGUACUAAAAAUAUCUGAGGAUCAGUGUAAGGGCCGAGCAGUGUUUACAGGUUCAAAUUAUACUGCUUCAAGCAGUUUGGUAAACCUUUGCACCCUUAACUGUAAACAAUACAAAAUAUAUAGGAAGGCAAAAUCGUUUCUAAUUGCCCCUGCCCCCCAAAUACUUGCUCAUGUUGCUGUAUGCGGGAGGAACUCUUAUCCUAAUAGCAUCCCUUUCCUUUCUUCCUCCAAACUUCCUGGGAAUAACGAAGGUACAAACAAUAGAUGCAUGUAUUCGUGUUAGCUAGGAACCUCCAUUGAUGGUUUUUGUUAGCAUAUUUGCAGCACAAAUUUAGGCAGUUGCAUAUUGUUUCAUUGUGGUGACGGUGCUCACCUGAAAGAUGAGGAACUUUAAUACUGGCCAUCUAGGAAGAUGUCUAGCGAGUCACAGUUGCCCCUGCACACAUACCAUGCACACAUCUCCAGGGAUGGGGAACCAUACUGCCAAUGCCUAGGGCUGGCCUUUUUGGCAGGGGAGAACCCACUUUGAUGUAAAUACAGAGUUCAAUUCUAAUUCAUUGCUGUUGAAAGGAAGCAGUGAUGUGAUCCAAAAGUGGUACAAGCCUCUGAAUUAGUAGCGUGCAGGUAAGAUUGCAGGGUGGAUAUACUUUAAAGGUAAGCAGGUGACAUGAACUUCUUGGGCAGGAAUCUAGAAGAUUAUUCAUCUUCAGUGGAAAAGUGGUAACUGCACUGCUCACUUUCAGCUUAGAACAGCCAGACUUAAGGGGCAAACAUGCAUUGCAAAGCUGGCCAUUGACCUGAUUCAUUGUAUGGCAUGUCAGCCCUCCUGUAAUAAAGUAGCAUUUUAAUGAAGCACUUUAUAUUUUAAUCAGGAUCCAAAGAUCUGUAUUUCUAUAUUUUAGUGGGUGGUAAGCGCCCCACUAACGAUUAUGUAUAUGUAGCUUGCCUACAUCCUGCUGAUGUUUACCAUGCCUGCAUUAUCUUUUCUUUUUCAAAAUGAAUGCCUUGUUUAGAAUUUUAGUAGGGAGGAUUGUUAAUACUGUUAGGAACUAGCGUUUGAGAGUUGCUGACUCUUUUUAAAAGGUGCCUCUAUUUCUACAGACAUCCUGAGAUCUUUUUCUCAGUGUGAAUCUCUUUGUCUAAAUAAAGCUUUUUUUAUUUUAAAAGC